AUGGCUGAGUCGGGUCGCGCAGGAAUAGGCAGGCAGGAGCAGCAGAAGAAGCUUGAUUCAAGUCGUUUCACGACGGCGCUAUACAUAAACCCUCAACGGAAGUCUGGCUGGGGCGAGAUUUCUCUCCGUCUGCCGUGCAGGAUCCCGCGCGAACGGAGCGAUCGUCUCGCAGAACUGCUCCAUCCUUCCUUCCGUUGUGCCGAUCGCUGGAAAUCGCCCCCUCCAAGGAAAAGGAUGCCGCGGAUGUUCAACUUCUCGCUGCGCCACAGCAGCGACAAAAGCUUCUCCGAGGCAAUCAUCGACCAAAUGUGCCAGGACCUCGCUGCCGAGUCGGACGACAUCAUCAGCCAGGCAAAGAACGCGCUAGCACGAAUGCAGUGCUACGAGGGGUGUCUGCACCUGAUCCAAAAAACUAUUCGCGAGCCGCACAAUGAGGACCUCAAGGCGGAGCUGAUCACAAAGUUGGCUCCAAAUAUCAGCACGAUCCGAGGUUUCUACGAGCUCGCCAUCGAUAUCGAAACGAUUUUCGCGGCGCUAGUCCAGAUAUCCAGCCAGAAAUCAACCAAGAAGGCGGCAGGUUUCCUGAUGGAAAAGAUUGCGAGUCUCGUAGAAUUCGCCGUGAGCUUCGACAGCCUCAAGGCAAAGACGCCCGACAUUCAGAACGACCUGAGCCACUUCAGACGGUUCAUUGCAGUAAACGCCGCGAUCUCGAACCAACUCGAAAGCCUCACCGACGCCCCGCUCAAUGCCAUGUCAUUUUUCGUGGCCGACCACGUCCCCAUGCUGAAGGUGCUGGUCCGAGCGGUCGAAAUCGCCAUGACCAAGGAGCCGGCAGCAGUAGACGUCUCAGCUAUGCUUGCGAACUCCCGGUGUUCCUCUAUGUCCGGUAGCAGGCCAAAGGAUGGUCGACCGAUGAUGAACUACCUGCGCGCCAUGACGGGCGCCAUCAUCGUAUACGACCACACCGCCCUUCACGGCGCGUUCAGCUCCAAGUCGGAAGUGAAGAUCAAGCGGUGCGUGAAGGAACUCGUGCAGUGGAAACACAACGCCCACGGAGCAACAUCGGAAUUGCUCAACACCAUCAAAAAUUCUACCUCCUUCUUCCAGAAGCUGCCGGCUCGAGGAAAGAUGGUGAAGCUCUUCUGUGCGAUCGUUGGCGUGGCGGGCAGCGCGUUCGAGGUGGAUAUCGACGAGGGUGCAUCGCUGCAGCUCUUCCUGGCGCAGACGGCGGACGGCGCGUGGCUCGAGUCCGACUCAGAAGAUGUGAAGAAGCUGAAGAAGGGCGAGAAGACUGUCGCAGUUGAGGCUUUAACAAGCGAAGAGAAGGAGCUACAGGCGGAGUCUGGCCUGCAGAAAGUGUUGAAGGGCAUGCAGAAGCCAUCAACGGACCAGAUCCACGUGCUGGUGGUGGUUCCGGGUCAUGAAGACAGUAAGUACCGCUUCUACCAAGGCAAGAACAUGGAGUCGCACCUCUACGAGGGAAUUCAGCCUGCUGAGUUCUACGACAAGCUCGAGAACGUGCUCGCAACCCAGAAGUCUGCCUUCAAGGUCAACAUCGCUCUUGGAUACAAGCUUGUCAGCAGAACUGAUGACAGCGAGACUCGCUACUUCCAUCCGAAUAUUAGCAACACGUCUGUAUUUAGCACUCCUGUAGCUAUCAACAGCAAGGCUGAUAUUCGUAAGAAGGUGAUCUCGGAGAUUCGCUCCAUGGAGUUGGCUGACAAGCUCAACUACCCCAGCUCCGGGUACAUGGUGAAGGGGAUUACUGACUUCAAAAUCUAUAUCUACCAACGCGACCAUGCUCUGGGUGAUAGCGAGGCUGUCAUUCCUAAGGUGAUUCGUGAUAACAAGCACGUCAUCAACUUCCCCAAGACGAACAGCAAGUGUGUCUUCCACUGCAUUGCUUAUCACAAGCAGGAGGGAGCCAAGAAGGAUCCUCGCAGAAUCCAGGCUCUGGUGAAACAAGCCUUCAAGCAGUACUGUUCGUACAAGGAGAUCACCUACACUCUGGGUCUGUUCCGCAAUUUCAAGCCUAUCGACAUUCUCCAAUUCGAUGAGCUUGAGGAGUGCUUCAAGCUGAACAUCAACGUCUUCAACAUGGAUGUUGAGACGGGCAAGGUUGAAUGCAUUCGCUGCUCGGACAAGGACUAUGAUUCGAUCAACAUCCUGUCGCACGAGAAUCACGCUCUCUACAUCACGAACGUUGAUAUGCUCCAGCAGAAGUACCAAUGCUCUACGUGUGAGAUGGUGUUUGUUAGCUCUGAUAAGCUACGCAACCUCACUAAGAACCAAUGCGAACUCGUGAACAUCGAAUCGUUCCCAGCUCAGCCAACCAUCUACCAACCCGCUCCGAACAGCAUUCGUUCCAUGCUGACUAAGUACUCCAUCAAGGAUGCUGACCAUUACAUCGAUCACUUCAUUGUCUAUGAUUUUGAGGCUAUCCUCAAGCCUACGGGUGUUAAAAACGGAGAGAAUACUAUCUUCACAAACGAACACAUUCCUGUGUAUGUUUCCGUGGCCGACAGCUUGACUGAGGAGGUGCGAUGCUUUGUCAGCGAUGACCCGAAGGAGUUGCUCAAGGAUAUGUUCCAGUACAUCAAGGAAGUUGCGGCUAAGAUUCAGCAGUACAACGUCUCGAAGUACGAGUCUUUGCUCCGCAAAAUCAUCAAUGUCCAUGGUUUGACUGACGCUGAGGUUCCUGGUCUAGACUUGGGUAAGACGUACAAGAUGGAUGAUGUUAAUGCUUGGAUUCAGAACGGGGAGUUUGCUUGUUUCUUCGAUUUCCACACCAAGCUCACAUUCGGUAAGAAGCGCUCGGAUUAUGGCAAGCUGAAGCAGUGCAUUGGUCAGGUACCAGUAUUCGUAUUCAACUCUGGACGCUACGACAUCAACCUUAUCAAGGCGGACCUGUUUGCAGUCAUCGGUACUGACAAGAUCACAUCAGUCAUCAAGAACCCUAGCUACAUGUGCAUCGCCACGUCAGACAUGAAAAUGCUUGACAUUAGCAACUAUGUUCCAACAGGCACCGGCUAUGCAAAGUACUUAUCGACAUAUCUCGGUGAGUGCAAGUGUGAUGACAAGAUUCGAUGCGUCUGUGGCCUAGGAAAAGGCAUCUUCCCGUACGAGUACAUUACUUCAUUUGACGUACUCAGUCAGCCGGAAGUCCCUCCUAAGUCGGCGUUCGACAGUGCUCUUCGUAGCACUAGCAUCAGCGAUGAGGACUAUGCGCGGGUACAGUUCGUCUGGGAACACUAUGGCAUGAAGUCAAUCAAGGAUCUACUCAUUUGGUACAACAACCUCGAUGUAGUACCCUUCAUCAAGGCCAUCAAAGCCCAGCGAGAACUAUUCAAACGUUUCGAACUUGAUAUGUUCACUGAUGGUGUGUCGCUACCUGGUCUCUCUGAGAAAGUCAUGUAUCAGACGUGCUUCAACAACCUCCAGCAACCAAGUAAGGAGCCUGCUGAAGCGUUUGACUUUCCCGCUAGUCGCUUAAGUGGAUAUAAGACCCAGGAUGCUGAUGCCGAUCGUGAAUUCAAUAUGACGCUAGAACACCUCAACGACUUGCUAGAGCGACAAAAGUACCUGUGUGGGCUAUGCUACAAGCAACUCACAGCUGAUACUGCCUCGGCUGACCGAAUCAAUAACAAGCUCGGACACAUCGAUGAGGAGAAGGACAUCUACACCAAGAUGAAGGCGAACAUUGCUGGUGGUCCUUCUAUCAUCUUCAACAGAUACGCGAAACGCAACGAGACCAAGAUUCGAGGGGGUAGGAUCUGCAAAAAGAUCAUCGGCUACGAUGCUAAUGCUCUGUAUUUGUGGGCUCUUGGUAAUGAGAUGCCAUGUGGACGGUUGACUACCAUCGAAGCAUACACAGGGAUCGUCGAUGAUAUUGUAAAUGACAAGAUCUUUGGCUUCCUCGAGUGUGAUAUCCGUACACCAGAGCACCUCAAACCCUACUUCAGUGAAAUGACCCCAAUUUUCAAGAACACCCUUAUCGACUGCAGCGAUCGGAGUGUCAUCGGUCAGCACAUGUUCGAGUACAACGAGGAGCGCAAGCAAAGCCGAGCAAAGCCGGCUCGCAAACUCAUCGGGAGCUACUUUGGCGAGAAGACCCUCAUUUAUGCACCGCUACUCAAAUGGUACAUUUCUCAUGGUAUGAAGAUCACCAAGACUUACAGCUUCAUCAAGGCUAGCUCUCACAAGGCAUUUGCACCAUUCAUGGAAGCCGUAUCGAGCGCGCGACGAGAGGGUGAUGAAAAUGUUAAAUCCAUCUGUAAGAUCAUUAUUGAGAAGAUGAUGAAACUGGUUGGUAAUAGUGCGUUUGGUCGAUCUGGCAUGGACAUGAGCAAGCACAAGGAGGUCAGGUAUGAGUCGGACGAUAAGGCAAUCAAGGCCAAGAUUGAGCACUUCACCUUCCAUGGAAUGGAAGAGCUGAAUGAUUCAUGUGAAUUCACUAUGAAGAAGCGAAAGAUCAACAAUAAGAACCCAAUUCAUCUAUCGAUUGCAAUCUAUCAGCUCGCUAAGCUCCGUAUGUUGCAAUUCUACUAUGAUUGCAUUGACUUCUACUUCGACCGUUCGGAAUUCCAGUACCAAGAAAUGGACAAAGACUCGGCUUAUAUUGCGUUCAGCUGUGAGAAGCCAUUCUUGAGUGUAUCAAGCCCGAGCUUCCUGGGAUUCCUCACGAGCUCCCAAGUGUCGUCGUGCGAGCUGCAUGCGCUCCAUGACUGUCGCGAGCGCUCGACCGUGCCGUUCAACUCCGACGCUGUCCACCGCCAAGCCCCCUGCAGUCACGAAGUCGCCGGCCGCGUCCAAGUCUCAGGCGACGCUGAAGCAGCAGUGCGCAAAGCCACCAACGUGGCCUACGAUCGACUCGUCAAGAAGACGCAGCAUAAAAGCAAGUGUGAAGCAACUAGGCAGAUCUUUGGCGUGGGCAAUCAAGCCAGGCGUCGGAAGAAGAACUGA